GAUCAGUUCCCUCCCCGGUCCACUGAGGGCGCUGCUGCCCGCUCACACUGAUCCAGGGUCGGUAAAGAUCCCCGGUGCUCCCCGCGCUCUGUGCCCGACUCUCCGCUGCUUCCAGUCGGCUCCGCAGGGACCGAGCAGUCGGUGCGUGUUCCCCAGCCGCAGGAUUCGAGCCUCCCCGCCCCGCCACGAGCAGCCGUUCACCGGGGGACCGUUGGGAUUAUGCCCGUUUCCGACCGGAGGGACGAUGUAGGGAUUCAGCCGAGAAGCGGCCUCGACUUUUUCCAGCGGAGAAACUGCGGAGAAGAAGGAAACUUUUCCCUCGGAGCCGGAGGACGGAGCUCGGUUUGUGUCCCCGGCCCCAGCGGGUUAUGAGCGGCUCCACCGGCCCGGGCUCGACCGUGUGGAAGUUUGAAUGAUUAAAACGUUGUUCCGGAGGAAACCGCAGAACGAGGAGAUAUUUCACUCCUCAGGAAUUCCGACGCCACAAAGUGAGCGGAGGACGCAGCAGGUAGCUAGCUAGCUCGUUAGCCACUUUCUGUUUUUAUUCCAUUUCUACCGUAACUCCGGUGAUACGCACCGAUCGGCCCGAGCGGAGCCCCGGGGGGACGCGCCUGUCCGAGCCGCCGGCAGCUGGAGGUCUCCGGGCGGGUUCCCGGGGCUUGCUGGUUGUUUCACAAAGUGUAAGUUGGCUCUAACAAGUGAACCUGUUAGCCUGCAGCUAACGUCCCGACAUGCCGCAGCUAACCGGGGGAGACGACCUGGGGGCGAGCGACGAGCUGAUCCCGUUUAAAGACGAGGGGGAGCAGGAGGAGAAGAGGAACGUGUCCUCGGGACGAGACCUGGACGAUGUCAAGUCCUCCCUGGUCAACGAGUCCGAGACCAACAGCAGCUCCGACUCCGAGGCAGACAGACGGCCCCAGCUUCGCCAUGAUCUGGAGAACAGGCUGAGACAUAAUCAGCUGUUUGAAGAUGCGCUGAGGAGGCAGCAGGACGGAGGUCUCUUCCAGCCCUCGCCGUAUGUUGGAUAUCCCUUCUUCAUGAUCCCAGACCUUGGGAACCUCUGCAGUCCCUACCUCGCCAACGCAGGCCUCCCGACCAGCGCCCGGACGUACCUGCCAUUUCAGUGGCCUCUGCUGGACGUCCCCGGAAGAGCAACCAUCAGAGACUCUGCUACUCCUACACAACUGUCUAACAGUGUACCUGUAGUGCAGCACCCCCACAUGACCCACCUCCACCCGCUGCUGUCCUACAGUCCAGAGGCCUUCUCCCCUCAGAGGGCCUCACCCGGCUUCUCUCCUGACGCAGGUGUGUCGAGGUCGCCUCACUCUGCCUGUUACCCCGUCUCUCCUGGAGCCAUGACUCCGAUCCCUCACCUGUUUGAUUGGCUGCAGCGACAGCCCAUGUAUCCCAUCGGAGGAGGCUUCACACCUGCUGCUCUGUCCAGCCUGGUGUCGAGUGGUUUCUCUCCACGCUUGGUGGCGAACCCCCAGUCGUCCAUCCCCCACCCUGCCAUCGUCCCCACGGGGGCGGAGCAGGAGCCUGGAUGCAGCAGCCAGCCCAGAAAGUCGAUGCCUGAAGCUCAACAGGAGAAAGAAGACGAGAAGAAGCCUCACAUCAAAAAACCACUGAACGCCUUCAUGCUGUACAUGAGGGAGGAGAGACCCAAGGUGGUCGCUCAGUGCAACGUGAAGGAGAGCGCCACCAUCAACCAGAUACUGGGACAGCGGUGGCACUCGCUGUCGAAAGAGGAGCAGAGUAAAUUUUAUGAACUGGCUCGUCAAGAGCGCCUCCUCCACUCGAAGCUGUACCCCGGCUGGUCGGCCAGAGACAACUACGGUAAAAAGAAGAAGAGGAAGAGGACGAAGAGCGAGACGCAGUUUGAAGCUCCUGCAGCAGACGGCGAUUUCUCUCCUCAGCUGAAGAGACCUCGCGAGGAGACGCCCCACGCCCUGCUCCCCCACGCCCCCCCACAGACUGCGCACACACACACCCGCCCUCACACCAUCUCACACCUGACGCACACACACCUCUCCCAGGCCAGCCCCGCCUCCUCGCUGGACUCCCCGGCAACACCCACCACGGCGCUGGCCUCGCCCGCCGCUCCCGCCCCGACGCACACCGAGCACGCGCACUCCUCCUACAGCGGACACAUGUCGCCCUACGCGGAGCAGCUGCAGCCGCUGUCCCUCACCACCAAGCCCCACAGGUCCUCCCUUCCUCUGAGCCGCAACGCUGUCACUUCUGGACCCUCCACGCCGUCCUCCACCGCCUCCGACACCCCCACCCCCUCACCCCUCAUGGCUGCUUCCAGGAGUUCACCCCUUCCUCCCCCCCUGCACCCGCAGCCUUUCCUCGUCCCGCCUCCUACCUCCGCUCACCAAUCAGCAGCGAGCGCUCCCGGUGCCUUAACUCAGUCGCAGCCGUUCUCGCUCAGAAGAACCAAUCAGCUGUGAGGAGCUGCCUUCACUGUGUGACGCGUACAAGUGAUCUGUUCGUCUUCGGUUUUUUAAAACUUUUUUAUAGAUGUAUCACAUUUUAUAUUGUAAAGGACAAACAAUUGGUCAAUAUUUGACUCUAACUUCAUCAAACUGUAUUUUUUAGAAUCUCACUUUUUCUAAAGACUUUUUACGGACGUUAAGCUUGUUGUUAAACGAGGUGUGGUCACGAGGGUCUAACUGUUUAAAAACCUUUUUCACUUGGUAGUUGUGAGUGUUGCUUAACUUUCUGGUUCCUCCUCUGUGUUAAUAAAUAUUCACUGAGUUCUGACACGU